AUUCACUCACCCUCACACCACUACUUCCCAAAAUGGGUAUCAGCGAACGGAAACACGGCCAGUGGAUUCUGGACUUUGCCUUGGUCGCAGCCGCACCUCUCCUCGCAUUCUUCCUCGCGCGCACACUCAUAGCACGCCUCGAUCCAGACGCUCAAGCCAAAUCAGAAGCACAACAAAAGGCUUUAGCCGCCACCUCUCGCCUACAAUCGAUUUUCACCCCACAAGAGCGCGAUGACUUCGACGACGAGGAUGAAGACGGCGACGGCCAUCCUCCCACCCAAGACGAUCGACUGCGAAACCAGGACCUCGUACUCAGUCAAUAUGAACAGACCAUCGCGAUGGAGGUCGUCAGUCCGAGCGACAUCCCCGUCACAUUCAAAGACAUCGGUGGCCUAGACGAGAUCAUUGAAGAGUUGACAGAGAGUGUGAUCUACCCUCUGACGAUGCCACACCUAUACUCCAACCACUCAAGUCUACUCUCAGCACCGAGCGGAGUGCUUCUAUACGGACCACCUGGAUGCGGCAAGACAAUGCUUGCCAAAGCUCUGGCACGAGAGAGUGGUGCCUGCUUCAUCAAUCUUCACAUCUCGACAUUGACUGAGAAGUGGUAUGGGGAUAGCAACAAGCUCGUCGCUGCAGUGUUCUCCCUGGCACGCAAGCUGCAGCCGACGAUUGUGUUCAUCGAUGAGAUUGACGCUGUUCUGGGCCAGCGUAGAAGUGGAGAGCACGAAGCGAGCGGCAUGGUCAAGGCCGAGUUCAUGACACAUUGGGACGGUCUAGCAUCCAGCACAGUCGAUGACGGGACCCAGCGAAUUUGCAUCCUCGGCGCGACGAACCGCAUCCAGGAUAUUGAUGAAGCCAUUCUACGACGCAUGCCAAAGAAGUUUCCAGUCAGCUUACCGAACAACGCUCAAAGGAGACAGAUAUUCGAACUUACACUUCGAGAUACGAAGAUUGAUGCCAGGAAGCUACCAAAUGGGAGUGCGGCCUUUGAUGUUAAUACCCUGGUCAGGUUAAGUGCGGGCAUGAGUGGCAGUGACAUCAAAGAAGCCUGCAGAGAUGCUGCGAUGGUGCCUGUUCGGGAGUACAUCCGCAAUGCCAAGUCGAGUGGUAAGAGAAUGGCUCGGGUCAAGGGGGAUGAUGUGCGAGGACUGCAGACCGAAGACUUUUUCGGCAGGAAGGGUGCCAUGGAGCAGAUGCAAACGCAGGCCUCUUCACGGCAGAGAAUAAACGAUUCGGAGGAGGAUCAAAGGAGUGAUGCUAGUGGCAGCACGGAGGAAGUGGAGGAGUUUGGGGAUGUCGAGGAUGUGGUGGACGCGCAGAGACGGUGA